CAAUAAAUAAUUGUGCAAAGUUGCAUCUGCUCCUCCAUUUAAAGAGAGUGGACGUCUCAUCUCUAUCAAAACUGCAUACACUUCUCUUCAAUUCAAUGGCUUCCAGUUCACCCUCUUCUUCGUUUUCUCCUGUUUCUACUCAUAGAUGGGAUGUAUUUUUGAGUUUUAGAGGAACUGAUACUCGCAAUAAUUUUAUUGCCCAUUUAUACCCUGCUCUAUGUCAAAGGGGAAUCGAUACCUAUAAAGAUGACGAAAAUCUUGAAAGCGGAGAGAUAAUUUCACCUACACUUUUAGAAGCCAUUGAGAAUUCAAUGAUUUCUAUUAUUGUAUUAUCUCCAAAUUAUGCAUCAUCCUCAUGGUGCUUGGAGGAGCUAACGAAGAUCCUUGAGUGCAAGGAAACAAAACAACAGAUUGUUUUACCAGUGUUUUACCAUGUAGAUCCAUCAGAAGUACGAAAACAGGAAGGAAGUUUUGGAAAAGCAUUGGCUAAACAUCAAGAGAGGUUCAAGGAGGACCCGAAGGUGCAAAGGUGGAAGGAAGCCCUGCAAGAGGUUGCCGGUUUGGCUGGAAAACAUUUGAAAGACGGGAUUAAUGAAUAUGAAUUUAUGCAUAAAAUCAUUCAAUGGGUGGACUCAAAAAUAGUUAAAUCUACAUAUCAAUUAGACAUUGCUGAGUAUCCAAUUGGACUAGAGUCUCGUAUAAAAGACUUGAAUACUUAUUUAGGAAUUGGAAGGAAUGACCUUACUCUCAUGAUAGGGAUUUAUGGAAUUGGAGGAAUCGGUAAAACAACUAUCGCCAAAGCAGUCUUUAACUCGAUUGGAAACCAAUUUGAAGCUAGAUGUUUUCUAGCAGAUGUUAGAGAGAUUUCGAGUCGAGAGGAUGGUCUGGUCAAAUUGCAAAAACAACUUCUUGAUGAUCUCUUAGGAAACUUGGGAAGUUUUAAUAUUGGCAAUGUUGGUGCUACUAAUGUUAUGAAGAAUAAGCUUUGGUAUAAAAGGGUACUUCUAAUUCUUGAUGAUGUGAAUGAGUUGCGCCAAUUAAAAGAAUUAGCUGGAAAUAAAAAUUGGUUCGGUCCUGGAAGUAGAAUAGUAAUAACAACAAGAGAUCAACAUCUAUUAACUUGUCAUGAUCAAGUUGAUUCAACGUACGAAGUGCAGGAAUUGGACGACAACCAAUCUAUUCAGCUAUUUAGUUGGCAUGCAUUUAUAAGAGACAAGCCAGAUGAAAGUUAUGUAGAACUCACAAAAUGUAUAAUAGGUUACGCUAAGGGCCUUCCACUAGCUCUUACAGUGCUUGGUUCAGCUUUGCGUGGUAGACGUAUACAAGAAUGGGAAAGUGCAUUGAAAAAGUAUGGAAAAUGUCCUCACAAGGGUAUUUAUGAAAUUCUUAAAAUAAGCUAUGACGGGCUGGAUGAUAAUGAAAAGGAUAUUUUCCUUCACAUUGCAUGUUUCUUCAAGGGGGAGUCUGUUAAAUAUGUCACGAAAAUACUAGACAGUUGUUGUUUUUCAUCAUCUAUUGACAUUGCAAGUCUGGAAGAUAAGUGUCUCAUCAAUAUUAGUCACAAAUAUUUUGAUCAGUAUGUGGAGAUGCAUGACUUAUUGCAAGAAAUGGGUAAAGAAAUUGUUCGACGAGAAUCGCCUAAAGAAGCUGGCGAACGUAGUAGAUUGUUUUUUCAUGAAGAUGUUCGCCAUGUAUUAGAAGAAAAUACGGAAACGAACAAAAUUGAAGGGAUGUUGUUAGAUUUUCCUCGAGGCCAUGACAAGAUAUGCUUGCAUUCCAAGGCAUUUAAGAAGAUGAGGAAUCUUCGAUUGUUUAUAAACCAUAAUGCACAAUUUUCUGUAGGACCGAAAUAUCUCUCUAAUGAAUUAAGAGUGCUUGAUUGGCCUCAAUAUCCCUUGUCAUCUUUGCCUCCAAAUUUUCGUGGAAAUAAUCUUGUUGAAUUUAAAAUCCCAAGUAGCCUCAUCAAGGAGUUAGGCGGCCUAAAAUUCAAGAACUUGAUAGUCAUGGAUUUAUCGAAUUGUAAAUUCUUAACAGAAACUCCUGAUCUUUCAAGUAGCCCAAAUUUAGAGAAGUUGGAACUUGCAGGUUGUAAUAACUUAGUUGAGGUUCAUCAUUCUGUUGGAUUACUUGAUAAGCUUUGGAGUUUUUCUGUUACGGGAUGCUGCGAACUUCGGAUUUUGCCGAAAAGAUUCAAGUUGAGAUCUCUACAGUUUUUUCAUCUUGAAUAUUGCUCGAGUCUUGAACACUUUCCAGAGAUUGAAUGUGAAAUGGAAUUUUUAGAUGAGUUAAGUCUUUCCGGCACUAGCAUAAAAGAGCUACCUUCAUCAAUUGAGAACCUCAAAGGACUUGAAACCUUAUAUUUAGACCGCUCUAGUGUAACAGAGCUACCUUCAACAAUUGGUAACCUUGCUCGGCUUCGAGAAGUAUAUGCAUCAGGUUGCAUUGAUCAGUUGGCAAGUCUACGUAUUGUCAAAGUCAACGGUUAUUCACAACCAAUAAACAUUGGAGAGGUGGAGGAGGAUGGUCUACAAUCCACGCCAUCUGUUGUGUCUGCAGGCGAAUAUGAAAUUGCAUCAACUACUGUAGAAUUGACUCCUACAAAUUCAAGCAUUUGGAAAUCGCUAGAAGAAUUAAGGCUUGAAUUCUGUUGCCUCUCAGAAUCAAAUUUCUUCACCUAUGCUAAUUACUUUCCCGCUUUGCUUAGUUUAGAUCUAAGUGGGAGUGAUAUUGUUAUCUUUCCAGCUCAUCAAGGCGUCAGAUUUCCUAAGUUGCAAGAACUUUGUUUGAACAAUUGCAAGAAACUUGAAGAAAUUUUACCUCUUCCAUCGAGUAUAGUAAGUGUUAUAGCUCAUGAAUGCACGUCAUUGGAAAGUUUUGCACUACUAUCUGAAAUACUAAUUAAAAACAAUGGAAGGAAUUUUUCUAACAUCCAAAGGAUUGACUUGUACGGAUGCCAUAAACUGCUUGCGAUUCCUUCAUGGGAAGAGAGACGUUCUAAGGAACGAAAUUGGCCAUUUGAUCUACCAAGAAAUAUUAGCUUCAUAUUUCCAGGAAUGAGGAUUCCAAGCUGGUUCAGCUAUAGCAAGGAGGCCCAUGAUAGUAAUCUGUGCGAAAUAGACAUUAUUCAACCGCAUCAUUGGAAUGGCAUAGAUGUAAAUAUUGUUUUCUAUGUUAUUUUUGGAUUUAGAUCAGUUGGGAUCAUUGAGCCAAUGCAAGAGGAUAUUUCUGUUAGAAUCCAUGAUGUCUCGGGUUGGAAGGACUUAUAUAGUCAACAUACGAGUUUUUUUGGGACAGACUCAGAUCAUGUAUGGAUGUACUCAGACCAUAUAAAGGCAGAAGUUUCAAGGUUUAGAUUUGAAAGUAAGUCAAAGCGUGUGGUCUUUAGAAGUGUUGGGAUCCAUUUCCUAAAGAAGCAUGAAGAGAACUUAAGAGAUGAAGAUCAUACUGGUGUGCUCUACAAAAUUCGUUUCAAAUAUUUUGGUCCCCAUUUCUUAUAUUCCAGUAGUGAUAAAGAAGGUGACGAUGAGAAGAGGCAUUCCUCAAUUUCGGAAUUGGAGAAUGACGAUGAGAAUCCAAAUGAAGAUUUGGAAUUAGAGAAAGAUGAUGAGAAUCCGAAUGAAAGAUUUGGAAAGUGGCGUCGUGAGGAUGAUUAUAAUUGCAACAUGGAACCAAAUAGGUGCCCCCAACUAAAGAGGCCGCAUUCUACAACCACGGGCAUCACAAUAACGGAAUUAGAGAAUGAUGAUGAGAAUCCAUAGGAAGAUAUGGAUUUAGAGCUUAAACUAAUUGGGUUGUAAUUAAAAGGUGCAAUCUUCAAUUUUCUUUGCUGUUUGGCUGCCUUCUUGAGAUAGCGAGAUGCAUGAACUUGAGAAGAUAGAAUCUGGACUGAACCAAACAUAUCACUAUCCAUGCUUCCAAACAACUGGAAUGUGGAAUUUUAUAGCUUUUAGUGCGUAUAAUGAAUCUGUAGAUCAUGUGAAGCUGUCACAACCACUCGCAUAAAAUGCUGACAUAGAAGGGAGACAACUUUAACUUUGUUGUCUAGAUGAGCACUGAUCGGAAAUAAUGAACUGAACUUCACGUACUGUUAUAGCCUUGUUCUGCUUUGCUAAACUCUUGUUUGGGAUCAACCAGUGCAUCGGUUUUUCAACUGUUGAAGAUGCUUCAUUUUCCCAUCUCUACUAUUGCUUCUAAGUUGGCACUCAGCUUUGGGGUCAUGUGUAAGAUUCAUUUCAAAACUCCUUGGCCCCAAAAAUAGUUGAAGCUCUUAUUUGCACACAAAAUUGGUUGAAAGUUUCCUUCAUUAAUCAUGACUUCCAAGACUUAAUAGAAGAUGCCAAAAGUUAUAAGCUGGAAAAUGAGAUAACUUUAAAUAAUGUUUUGAAUAUGGAUGGUUGAAGAAUACGAGGGAUUGUAACUUCUUGAUUAACUGGGGUUUGUAUUCAUGAUAUAUAUUGAAAUUCUAGCAAUUUUCAUUUUAUGUGUUGAAAAUAUGUUUAACUUGGUUGUUGCAGGGAUAUGAUUCAAUUCCAAUAGAGGCUCCUGACCCAAAAGCCAAAAGGGUUAGUUUAGCUUAAGAAGCCAUAGCAUAAGCAAGGCCAUUUCUCUUCUUUUUUUUUUUUUUUGAAGUUUUUUUUAAAUUUUUUUAAUGUUGACUCGAUCUGCUGCUAUUUUGUGACAUGAUGCCUUUGAAAAGCAUUAAAACUAAUAUUAAAGAUGGUAAAAACAUCUCACUAUUCUUUUCCAUUAUAAGCCUGAUCAUUGGGACAAAGAAGAGGAUGUGGAAUAAGGAAACCCUCCACGGUACCUAAACCAGCAUAUAAAGGACCAUGGAAGCGCAAGCAAAUUAAGAAGCCCAAUUAUAAAGGGAAAUGGAAGACUCAUUGGAUUGAUAAUCCAGGAUGGUAUCAUUCUUGGAGCAGAUACAAGAACCAUUGAAGGACCAAUAAUCACUAAAAAGAACUGUGAAAAGAUUCAUUAUAUGGCACCAAACAUAUAUUGUUGUGGAAUAGGAACUGCUGCCGAUACAGGGGCAAUAACAGUUCACAACUGCAACUGCAUCCCUACCAUAUUGGUCAAGAAUCAAGGUUGUCACAACACUCACCCUCAUGAAGAAUCACAUUUUCAAGUGAAGUUUCAUUUGUUGCAAACCAAUAAAUGAAUGUUGCAUUUGAUGAGUUGAUGUUACAUGACGUUGUCUGCAUACUGAGAAAGAACAACCAGAUGUAUCAAGUCAUGUCAGAAGUUUUAUAGAAACAAUAUUGUUGUUGCUUUCCUUUUAUGUAUAUAUAUAAUAUAAAUUUGUCGAGUCUGGUUUAUUGAAGAUCUUUACUUAUUUGUUUUCGUAUUGGUGUAAGUUUCUUUCAAGAGUUGUGGAUACUUUUUGGAUAUAUUGAAUACAUUAUGAUGUUCGUAAUGCGUUUUAACUAAAAUGACAUUUUAGUAGGACAUUGUUUAACGUGUACCUACUCGAAGAUAUGCUUGGAAUUGCAACACAACUCAUGCAAAAAAAAAAAAAAAAUUGAUAAAAUAGUGAUCAAUCUUCUUCAAUGUUUACUCGGCUUCUAUGAUUAUCUGUAAGAGAGGCUGCAAAAACCUUCAUGUGCAUCUCCCAUCUAGCAUUCAUCAGUUGCAAUGUCUACGCUCUUUUGAACUCGACGAUUGUUCACAACCAACAAACAUUGGAAAGGUGGAGGAGGAUGAUGGUACACAUGAAUCCAUGCCAUCUGUUGUUCAUGCAAGCGAAUAUGAAAUUGGUUACUCCUCAAGCAUGAAUCGGGCAUCGCUAGUUUUAAGUAGCAGAGUAUUCUCAAGUACCCAAACUUCCGUCUUUGAUUGAUCUGUUGCCUCUCAGAAUCAAAUUUCUUCACGGAUGCUAAUUAUUUUCGCAAUUGGUUGAGUUAGAUCUAACUGGGAGCGAUAUUGUUAUCUUUCCUCCAAGCGUCAGAUUUGAUGGGUUGAGACACCUUAAUUUGUUUGAACAAUUGCAAGCAACUUCAAGAAAUUCUACCACUUCUAUUGAGUAUAGAAAAGGUUGAAGCUCGGGGAUGCACCUCAUUGGAAAGUUUUUCACAACUAUCUAAAAUAUUUUUUAAAGACAAUGGAAUGGACUCAAGUGGCCCAAAGAUUGACUUGUAUGAAUGCUAUAAACUGCUUGUGAAUAUCAGGAUUCCUUCAUGGGAAAAGUUAUAUAUGUCUCUUUUCCUCUCUUUGUUUUCAACGUGUUUGUGUGUGACCUUUGUAAUUUAUAACUUGUAUUGCUGAAUUUUUUUUUUUUUUUUAAUAUAUUCGUGUCACAGAGAGACCAUUGGGCAUACCGAUCAUGUAAAGGAAUGAGAAUGGGCAUUAUAUUUCCAAGCUAGUUUAGCUAUCGCAAGGAGGCCCAUGAUAGUAAAUGGUGUGAAAUAGAUAUUAAUGAGCCGCAGCAUUGGGACGACAUAAAAAAGAUUGUUUUUUGUGUUGUUAUUGGAUUUGAAGUUGGGAUCAACCCAGAAAUGGAGGAGACUAAAAUUUGUGUUAGAAUACAUGAUAGGUGGAAUUGGAAUGUCUUAUGUACUCCACAUAUAAGAUUUGAUAGGAAGGGCUCAGACCAUGUAUUGAUGGGAUGCCUUGUGCUGCCUUCCGAUGAAGCGGGCAUUUCAUGGCUUAUAUUUGAAUGUGAUGCAUGGUCCGUAGUCUUUAAAAGUGUUGGGGUCCAUUUCCUAAAGAAGCAUGAAGGGAAGGCAAGAGAUCAUACUAAUGUUGGUGUGCUCCCCGAAGAUGUUGGUGUACAUUUUGAUGCAUUCAUUAAAGAAAUUGAAAGUUGGGUAGAUUUAAUGGAUGAUAAUGAUAUACGAGGCGUCGUGAUGAAUAUGAUUGCAACCUGAAGCCCCAAUUGGUACACUCAACAAAAGAGGCAUUCCUCGGCAUCAGAACGAUGAGAACCAGGACCAAUCUCAGCCGAUGUUGGAGUCUAGUCCACCGCUGGCUAGGAUUUGGCCCAUCGAUCUUAUCCGGGUCUGCCUCGAGAGUAUAGCAGCCUAUUUUCUGCAAUGUUUUCUUCGAUACUUGCGCCAUUACCUACGAUUUCGAUUCGUAUAGGGAGGUCGAUCGUAAGACUUCCCACGGCUGUAUCAAGGUCUGUCUCGGUUUUCUCUCUCCCUCAUUGAGUUUUCUCACCAAUUCAUACUGGGAUUUGACCUUAUUUUUCAAUGUUACAAAGCUUCUCGAACAUCUCUAGGCAGCGCCAUCUCGCUCUCGAAUACGACCAGCCACCGCUCCAAGAUUGGGUAGGGAAGUCUGUCUCGAUUAUGUUCUUUGGAAUCAUAAUUGAGAUGAUGAUGCAUUUAUUGAGAUUUUGUGGGGUUUUCUUAUUUUUUAUAAAUUGGAGGAGUUCAAUUCGCUGUCCAUGCUACAAACAAUUGUUCAUGUAGAAUUUGAUAGCUGUAAGUGUGUAUGAAGAAUCUGGAGAUAUGAAGAU